AUAGCAGAGGCUCCAGCAGCCUGUAUAUAGCAGAGGCUCCAGCAGCCUGUAUAUAGCAGAGCCUCCAGCAGCCUGUAUAUAGCAGAGCCUCCAGCAGCCUGUAUAUAGCAGAGCCUCCAGCAGCCUGUAUAUAGCAGAGCCUCCAGCAUCACCUCUUGCACUCAGCUCCUCACACAACGGAAGUGACUUCUCCAAGUGUCACAGAUCAGUCCGGGACAUGAGUGUGUAACCUGCUGAGGUAGAGCAGUUAUCGCGCGUUUCCUCCGGGGCACUAUGGAUCACCAAGGCGGAGAGGUGUCGAUGUGGCCAGCGGGGAGCUGCAAGAGUAUACCGGACGAUGACAAGGUGUGCCCGCUGCGGGGAACAGUUGAUGGGCUGCAGUCGGAGAUGGAGGAGUUCAGACGCGGGGUGGAGAGGCAGCUGGAGGAUGUGCUCAGACUGGCCGGACCGCUCUCCCGUACCGUCACCGACCUGCAGUGCGAGAACCGGCACCUACGGGAACAGGUGGAGAAACUCAGCCGCCAGGUGGAAGCACUGAGCCGGGCAGCAGGGUUGAGUGGAGACGGGCAGACCAGGUACUCCAGCCAUGCUCUGCUGUCAGUGUCCGCCAAAGCACAGAACGUCGUGCCAGAGGCGUACAAUGAUGUUGAUGCUGCAAAACCCUCCAGUAAUUCAGUUGUGGAAAAUGGACAUCAAACUUACACUGAAAAAGGGAAGAUCCCCUUGGAUCCAGUGUCCGAGGCUCCUAUACCUCCAACACAGGAACACUCACCAGCCAUGGCAGUCAGAAUGGCACACAUGCCGGUCACCGCUGUGAAAAAACUAUGUGGAGAUUCCCACUCUACCACUUCCAAUGGCAACCUCCGUCUACAGGCUUCAGAACCAAAAAGUCCAGUGGAAAUGCCAUCAAAACAGAACAGUACACAAGGUGCUGUUAGGACAUGGAAUGCCAGCAUUGUCAGGACAAUGGGUGUAACAGCAAACUCUGCAGAAAAACACGUAUCUACUACAAAAUCCUCACAAAGUUACAGUGUUUCAAACUCCUCACUAAUCUCUGAAAGCACGGACAGAUAUUUUGAUGUUACUCCAAAGUCUCACUCUCCACCUCCAGUAUUGAGCCGUCAACCUGAGAGGAAACGUGAGUUAAUGAGGUCACAGACAUUGCCAAGAUCCUCAGGAACCCAGGUUCGCAAAGCCUUCUUUGAGAAGUUUGAACAAGACAGUGGCAAAGGCAAGGGGGAAUCCAAGGUGAAGCUGAAAAGGUCUCAGAGUUUUGGAGUCGCCAGCGCCAGCAGCAUUAAACAGAUCCUCCUGGAAUGGUGCCGCUCUAAAACCAUUGGCUACAAGAACAUUGAUAUACAGAACUUUUCAUCAAGCUGGAGUGACGGAAUGGCUUUCUGUGCUCUCGUCCACUCUUUCUUCCCAGAAGCUUUUGACUAUGAUGCUAUGGUGCCUUCAAAUCCCAAACAGAACUUUGAACAAGCAUUCUCUACCGCUGAAAAAAUGGCUCAUUGUGACCGACUGAUUGAAGUUGAAGACAUGCUGAUGAUGGGCAGGAAGCCAGACCCUAUGUGUGUGUUCACCUACGUGCAGUCCCUUUACAACCACCUGCGACGUUUUGAGUGAUCUGCCUGCCAACACGGCUGGUCCUGGACAAGGGUUCCCAUCAUCAACAAGAUGUGACUGCUGGCAUCUUUUUCUCCAUUCUUCUUAUCGCAGCAGCCACCUUACAGCAUGUCUUUCCAUCCAUUUCUCCUGCAGUUCACACAGUGGCAUGCCUUCACAGAGACAGAUAACACAGGAAUGUCCACAAAGGUGCUCAGGACACUCUAUUUUUACAAACCAUUCACAGUUCAUGCUUGACAGAAAAGGAGGUGGGUGUAUCGGUUUUGUCACCUCUGCGCUUGUUUUGAUAAAGACUCCAGCCUAUCUGAAUGACACCCUGGUGGCUCAUUGUCUAGUCAUCUGAAACCAACAGAGCCUGUGCUACAAGGUGCCGACAAGGACAUGAAAAGUAAAGAGCAAGUGACUCAGAUUCACAGAAUGCUGUGAUCAUUAGUCUGGUGCUAAAGGACAGAACCCACAGUUCUUGUGAAAGUCAAUUCAGCUUCCUUCUUUUAGGUAUUUAGUUCUCUGCUAAUUUAGGUCUGUUUUAUCACACCUUCACGCCAUAGAGCGUAGACUCUGCAACUCUUAUCUAAUGUUUCUACAAAUGAUCCUGAAGUGUCUCCGGUGCAAUAGGAGACAAUGUCAUAGACUAGGAUGUGACCUCAAGCAAGAGCCAAAGAAUAGAAUGGAAAAUCUUAAUUUUGUUCAAUGUGUCCACUGAUGAAGUAUAGAUCAUUACUGGAGGCCAUACAUGCAGGGUUUUUAUGUGCCCGAACUACUGCCUAUCUUAAUUCAGACAAAAGCCUUAUUUAGACUCUUUUUCUACAGAAUCCUGUUUUCUAUGGGUUCCGUGAACAUUAUACCACUUGACGUUCAUUUGAAAGCUUUAACUAAAUGAAGUAAAGUUUUAUUAUGUCACCAUAAAUAUAUUAUUUGUAUGAAGUUCUUAGAAAGUGAUAUACAGUAGCUGACACAUGUUAUAGUCAAUUGCAAUGGAUAGAUGAGUAUGUAUGUAAUAUUUUUCUUUCAUUUUUAGAUGAAGGAUUAUUUAUCCUGCUAUGUCUAUUUUAGUAAAUGCUUGUGUUUCUAAUGGGGUAUUGUGCUGUUCCUAUACUAUCCCUCCUGGAUAGGUAUUAAUACAUUAACAGGGCAUUACCAUUACCCUUUCUAUAGGGUGUAUCCCUAUACCUUCUAAGGCCAGGUUCACACAAGCCUAAUUUGGACAUAUAUUUUUACAGGAGUAUUACUGCCACAAGUCCCAAUCUAACUGCCGGUCUCAUGACCUAAACUGUUGGUUCAGGUCAUCAGCCCCACAGUCAGUAAUACAGCCAUAAAAAUAGAGUAAACCCAGGCUAACACUGUCACUGUCGAUUCAAAGGAAAGGGGACUACUUGUUGAUUUAUUAAUUCAUUUUCAGGAGGAACAACAGAGGAACAGCACAACACAGAGUUUUAAGAAAAAGCUGUUUCAGCAUUGUCAUCUUAUGGUGUAUUCAUUAUACUAGACAUGCCUGAAAAGCUGAGAAGUUUUUAUUAUUAGAGGUGAAAGUACUGGACAUCAUUAGUAAUUCAUCAGUACUGAACCUCAUUAGUAAUUCAUCAGUACUGAACAUCAUUAGUAAUUCAUCACUACUGAACAUC